UCACAAAGCGCCACAGAAGACUGCGCACGCGCAGCGGUGUCACGCGUGCGCUUCCUGGGGUAGGGCAUUAGCCGUGGGAAGAUCUGGCGAAGCCCGGGAGUUCUUGCUGUGAUGGCCAAGUCCAGCCUGGGGCAGGAUCCCGACAGCACCGCUGCGGUGGCGGUGCUAAAGCGGGCAGUGGAGCUGGAUGCGGAGUCCCGGUACCAGCAGGCUCUGGUGUGUUACCAGGAGGGGAUCGAUAUGCUCCUGCAGGUUCUAAAAGGCACCAAAGAUGCCAGUAAGAGAUGUGCUUUCAGACGGAAAAUCUCUGACUACAUGGAUAGAGCAGAAAACAUAAAGAAAUACUUAGAUCAAGAAAAAGAAGAUGGAAAAUAUCACAAGCAAAUUAAAAUAGAAGAGAAUGCCACUGGUUUCAGUUAUGAGUCACUUUUCAAAGAAUACCUUCAUGAGACAGUUACAGAAGUUUGGAUAGAAGACCCUUAUAUUAGACAGACUCAUCAGCUGUAUAACUUCCUUCGGUUUUGUGAGAUGCUGAUUAAGAAGCCAUGCAAAGUAAAAACUAUUCACCUUCUCACCUCUACGGAUGAAGGGUUUGGGAAUGCGCAGCAAAGUAGUGGCCUGGAAGAAAUAAAGCAGUCCCUCAGGAGUCAUGGCGUGCAGUUGGAAGUAAACUAUUCCUCAUCUAUACAUGACCGAGAAAUCAGGUUCAACAGUGGAUGGAUGUUUAAAAUUGGAAGGGGACUUGAUUAUUUUAAGAGACCACAGGGUCGUUUUUCCCUUGGAUAUUGUGAUUUGGAUCUGAGACCAUGUCAUGAAACAACAGUGGACAUUUUCCAUAACAAACACACAAAAAAACUAUGAUGUGUACUGACCUAACUAUAGGUUUCUGCAUUAGCUGGUUUCGGCCUGUUUUCCGUUGCUAUAACCAAAUACCAUACACUGGAUAACGUACAAAGAAUAGAGGUUUAGGCUUUGGCAUCUGGGGAGGAUCUUCUCUCUGCAUCCCACAUAGAACAGUGCAACAAGAUGGAGCAAGCUUUGUGACAAAGCUUGUGGGGCAGCGCCAGCCACCCGAGAGGACUCCCUCUCAACACUGCUAUACUAGGGACCAAGACAACUCACAAACUUUGGGGACACAUUCAAACCACAGCGAUCAAAUACUGAGCUUCCUUUUUCCUUUUUUUUUAACUUUGAAUGUAUUUUUAUAAUGUAUAAAUUUAACAAUAAAUGUUUACAUUUCUACAAA